AUGACAGCAACACCUGCCUGUGUUCCCCGAGCGCCCUACAUCUCUGUACCUAAUCGUCAUCUUUUGAUCGUCACAACACCAUCUACUCCUGACCCCCGCCUUGUCAAAUGCCUCUGCAAGUUCCCUACACCCAUCGAUCUGGCCCGUCAAGUCCCCGAACCCGUUGACAAGACCUCUCAACCCUUAACCCACACUGCCCUCUUCACCACAUCCCAAAUCUUGACACGCUACGUCCCAUCCCCAUCAACCCUCAGCCCAGACCAAGCCCGCGUCGCAAUCUGCGACGAUCUUCUCUUUGGCCUGUGGAAUGGCCACCCUUUCAAAGUAAGUGAGAAGUAUGGUCUUCGGGAGCUUGUGGUAGCGCCAGAUUGGGGGACCGGGAUGGAGUGUCUGGGGUAUGGCGGGGAUGACGAUGAAGAAGAGGACCGCGAUGAUAAUUUGCGGUUGAGUUACAUGUUUGGGUUUGGGGAGGAUUCGUGGGUUACUGGGGGAUUGAUGAAGAUUAGAUGAUGCGAGGGCUGAGGUCAGAGCUAUAGGAACGGCAAUCGACGGUACACACAUCACGAGAGACGAAUGCGAUAAUUCCACUACA